AUGGCCAAACCCACCGUGCUCAUAGUCGGCACAACCGACACAAAACUUGCCGAGAUCGCAUAUUUACGCCUGAAAAUCUUGGAGGAAGGGGCUUGCCAGACUAAAGUCCUUGACGUGAGCCAUACCCCGUCCAAAGACCCUGCACUCGCCGAGCUUUCCGCCCAAGAGCUUGUCUCUCCGCUCCACGAGCACAGUUCGAAGCUCAAAACCCUGUCUCGGGGAGAGUACAUUGAGCAAGCCAUCGGAAUCUGCUUCCCCGUCGUGCGAGACUUGGUCUCCCAAUCGCAAAUUCAAGGCAUUGUCUCUGCAGCUGGUAGUAGCGGCUCGUCACUUGCCACCGCUCUAAUGAGAAAAGCAUGUCCUAUAGGAUUCCCAAAGCUGAUGGUCUCGACCAUGGCAAGCGGGGAUAUCAAGCACUACAUUGAAGAAACAGAUAUCACCAUGAUGUAUAGCGUGGUUGACAUAGCAGGUAUCAACUCUGUUCUUAGACGCAUUUUGGCCAAUGCCGCUGCAGCCAUCUCUGCCAUGACGAGCUCAUAUGCAAAGGCUCUGGUAGACCCUUCUAUUCAAGGAACAAAAGGCAGACGCAUUGCCAUUACGAUGUUUGGUAACACAACCGAGUGUGUUGACCAGAUCCGCCAUAUUUUGACAUCGACACCACAUGAUGUCUCCGACUAUGAAAUCUAUGUCUUCCAUGCCACUGGAGCUGGAGGGCGAGCCAUGGAAAGACUCAUUGACGAAGGCCAAAUUGAUGCUGUGAUAGACUUGACCACAACCGAAAUUGCCGAUGAAUUGUUCGGAGGGGUGUUGACAGCGGGACCUGAUCGCCUCGAGAUCGCCGCAAAGAAAGGUAUCCCGAUGAUCCUCUCAGUUGGGGCUUGCGACAUGGUCAAUUUUGGCCCAAGGGACACAGUACCCGAGAAAUACAACGAUCGAGAGCUCCUCGUCCACAACCCAGCCGUCACCCUCAUGCGCACGACGCCCGAGGAAAACGAGAAGAUCGGCGAAUUCAUCGCUUCCAAAUUAAUCAAACAUGCCUCGGUCCCAACCUCAAUCCGCGUCCUCCUUCCCCAAGGUGGAAUCAGCGCCGUCGAUGCGCCAAACAAGCCAUUCCACAAUCCACAGGCAGAUGAAGCACUCUUUCAGAGCAUCGAAGAAGGCCUGGAAGGUUCAGGGAUUGAAGUCGAAAAACAUCAUCUCCACAUCAACGACGAAGUCUUCGCUGGACAUGUGGCGAGUGCAAUAUUAGAGGUCAUGGGUGUGACGCCGCGUAACUACAGGUUGGCCAAUGCCCGGAGGCGCAAAUGGAGUUUUGACCAUGGCGCAAGUGUUAUGCUUGCGAGGCGCCCCAGCCAGAUGGAGGAGCCACCUGCUACGAAUUUCAGUGUGGUUUGA